CCUCGGAGUCACUCAUUCUAUUGACUCAAUCCUCAGAGUAGAGCCUUAGCGAUUUUCUGCAAUGGCAAACCCUAAGGUCUACUUCGAUAUGACGAUCGGCGGUGCUCCUGCCGGCCGGAUCGUGAUGGAGCUAUUCGCGGACACAACACCGCGAACGGCUGAGAAUUUCAGGGCUCUGUGCACAGGAGAGAAAGGAAUUGGACGCAGCCGCAAGCCUUUACACUACAAAGGAUCGACUUUCCACAGAGUGAUCCCUGGAUUCAUGUGCCAAGGCGGCGAUUUCACAGCCGGAAACGGAACGGGAGGGGAAUCUAUCUACGGAGCAAAGUUCGCGGAUGAAAACUUUAUUAAGAAACACACAGGGCCAGGUGUGUUGUCGAUGGCAAAUGCGGGGCCUGGGACUAACGGAUCGCAGUUUUUCAUAUGUACAGCGAAGACAGAAUGGCUUGAUGGGAAGCACGUGGUGUUUGGCAGAAUUGUGGAAGGGAUGGAUGUUGUGAAGGCCAUUGAGAAGGUUGGUUCUUCCUCUGGAAGGACCUCCAAGCCCGUUGUGGUUGCUGAUUGUGGCCAACUUUCUUGAAUCAAGCUCUUCUCUUACUUCCAUGACCUUGCUGUUGUAUAUCUCUUCCAAUAUGGAUACUGAUACACGCAUGGCAGCAAAAAUAUAAUUAAAUAAAAUCAUCCAAUAAUGUUAUUGUUAUGUAUUUUGUAUUGGGCAAGUCUUUCUUUUCUUGGAUUGGAAAAUUUCUUUUUCCUCAAUCACAAGCUGUAAUGUAGUUUUGACUUUCUGUUUUAUGGGAAAAAAAAAAAUUUUGACAA